AUGGCUGAAGAUCAACGAAAGGGACAGAGAGUGCAGUGUACGGUGGACGGGCCUCGAGAGAGUUUCUUUGUUUCUCAUCAGACAGAGCCCUUUUGCUUACAAGAGUUUAACAAUAAACUUUAUCUUAAAGUGCUGCAUGCAGCGGACGAUAAGGUUGUUUUUGAAUUAAAGGGAUGUGAUGUCUCCUUCGCCAAUGCAAUAAGAAGAAUACUUAUCAGCGAAGUGCCCACCGCAGCCAUAGAAACCGUUCAGAUAUGGCAGAACACGGGGGUUAUUCAAGACGAAGUGCUGGCGCACCGCCUGGGCCUUAUUCCGUUUCGCGUUGAUCCCUAUAAAUUAAAAUAUAGAGACCCUUCUCAAGAUCUGAACGAAGAAAACUCAUUAAAUGUAUGCGAGGGAUUUGACUUGGAUACCCCUAUCAGAACGUCAGAGACAGAAAUUUGCAGCGGAGCCGCCAGCCCCUGUACACCCCGAUAUUCUCAUCACUAA